CUAGACACCUGAAGAAAUCUAAAGACAUCUGAAGACGUGAAGAUGAAACUGUCCUGUGUUGUUGCUGUUGCUGUCCUUGUUCUGGCCCUCUGCUCCCAGGGACAAAGCCAGAAUGUUGAUGGACCGGAUAAAUGCUGUUUUAAAUAUUACAGCAAGCCAAUUCCACCUAAAGCCAUAAUACGGUACUCAGUUACUCACCCCAGCUGCACCACAAAGGCAGUGAUCCUCAUCACAAGGAAGGGCAAAGAAGUGUGCGCCAACCCAGAGGUCCAGCAAGUACAGGACAUUAUGGAGAAACUAGACGACCUGUUUGGUACCCCGGCCCCCACCGAUUCUCCUUAACUUGAUGCAAAAGUUAAAGUAGCUGUGUCUCAACGUUGCUUGGCAACCAUUCAAAUAGAUGAAAUGCUGUGCCUUUAUUUUAUGAAAUUCUGCCAGAAAAGCAAUUAGCCACUGAAUUUAGAACAGCUGGGUUUAAGGCUAAGUUCUAAAUUCAGUGUAACCUACGGCCUCUCGGGGUUUAUUGCAUAACUACUCUGCACCUCAGAGUUACAGUGAAUGUAACAACCUUUAAUUCAGCUGCUUUGUUUUGCACAAACAUACUCUGUCUUUUCUGCUUUCGUAUUUCUGGAAGAGUAUCCGUUUAAGAUGAGCCGUAUAGAUAAAAAAGCUAUUUUUGUCCCAUGUAGCAAUGCACACUUGGCAUAUAUGAUGCGUAGCUCAUACUGUAAUUGACAGGACGAUGAAAGAAACACAACAAUAAAGUUGGAGGACACAUUAGCAAUGACUGUAGAGUAGUUGUUAGAAAUUCCUAGCUUGGAAAUUCGCCAGAUAAUCUAGCCUACAACAGUGGUUCUCAAAUGGGGGUACGUGAAGGCACUCCAGGGGGAACGUGAGAUUUUAAAAUAUAAAUGUUUUAAAUGGUUCAUUUUAUAGUUUUAAAUGGUUAUAUGGUCACUGUUUUCACUACAUUAGUUUGAAUCAUUUGCAAUAAAUUUA